AUGGCCCUCCAGUCCGUGGUGCCUGGUCCAAGCUCUCUCGUCCAUGAGCCUGACCUCGGCGGCCACGGACACCCCGACGUCCUACCGCUCCUUUCAGAUCUGUUGUCUAUGAAAUCCCCUCCAUCUUCCCCUGAUCACGGCACGUCUAAUGGACCGGAGAAUGACAAGAUACGUGCAGCUUUGCAGCGAAUGGAUUCUCGCGAAACCGAUACCUUCCAGAUCUUCCCUAUGGACGUUGACAGCAAUCCCUCUCUAGUAACAGCAUAUAACGCGAACGACCGGGAAACCGGGUCCGACAUUCAACGUAGCUCACCGAUAUUGAUGGGUGGGCCUAUGAAAGAAAAUGUGCCGUGCGACGUCGAAAGUCGAAAGUCUACAACCACAUCAAAGCUGAACGAGCACUUCCCGAGCGCAAUGAAUGAAAUCCUUACUGGUCCGGAAUAUACAGGGUCUCCUGAUCCUGAAUCCGUUCACAAGCCGCCUAAACCACCCAAGCCGGCUUUCCUAUCUGAGUUGGAACUUCCUACUACAUAUGCGUCCGGUGAUGUCCAGCCAUCUGUUUUGGGACCCGAAGCGAUGCACCAGGGAAAGAAACCAGCAGCCACCGGCCCUCAAAGUUUAGCAUCACGGGAGGGUGCAAGGGCUCCUCUACGUCUGCUCAAUCGGUCGAUGGGACGCUUGCAGGGGCAUGACGCACCGAAACAGAUCAGAAAACCCGGCAUCAACCCGAGGCCCCUAUCAUGGCGGAUUCUUUCACGGCCACUAGCAGACCCGAAUACAAGGAUAUACGUGAAAGACGAGCCGAAAAUGCCAUUGCUCGCGCCUUCUCCGAUGGCUGUUGGGUCGCCCCUUCGCCACAACUUCGAAUCACCUGACACUAAAGGAGGUGACAGUAUUCCGCUCCCGGUCCCUGAUGGUUCCCGUCAAGAUCAGCCACAAGGACAGCGCUUUUUUGGCGAGUUAUUGACUUCGUAUAUUCGUAAGCCUUUUCAAGCGAUCUGGCUCCGGACCCAGCAAGAUGAAUGUGCUAUCGUCAGCUUGCUGGUUGGGCAGCGUUCCGAGCAGCAUUUGCUAUCUCAAUCAAAGUCGUGCUCGUUUCAUGUGCAUGUCAACUGGCCUAUUGCGAAGGCGUAUGCCAAAAGUCGGGAUGAUAAGAUAGAGGAUACUUUUGUUUCUUACAGCUCCACCGCGCAUCUUGUUAAGGUUGAAUUCAUCGUCCCGAUUAUCUUCUUACAAAUCAUCUGCUCACUGAAAGCUGGUUUCCGCAGGGUCAUAACCUCUCCAGCUUCAAGUGCAGUUGUUGGCCUGCUUCAAGUUUUUCUUCGCUUCGCUGCAGUGGUCUUACUCUUUUUCUUGGGCAAGCUCGGUGUCAGUGUUUCUAUUCGACGGAGGGGGUCUCACAAUGUCUGA